AUGGGGGAUAAUUUAGAUUCUAGUGCAGGUAGUUCUGCAUUUGAUCUUUUGCAACAGUAUAAUGACCAUCGCUUCGCUAAAGAUAUGGCUCUUAAGGAAAUAGAAACCCAGCUUAUUACGCCUAGCAACUCUCAGGGUGCCAGUAACGUGGAGAUGGACUCUUUGAAGGCUAAGAUUAUAGAAUUGGAAAACAUUAUUAUCGAAAAAGAUUUGGAGAUACAAAGGUUGAAUGAAAUUAUAGCUAAUAGUGGCGACAAUGAUAAAAGCAAGGAAGAGGACGAUGCCAUUAAAAUGACUCCUACCAUCGAUAGGAAUGAGAUUGUUCCAGUACCUACUAUUAUUUUAGAUCAAAAGACAACUCUGACUCCAGAUUUAGCCACUCCGGCAACUUCCGUCACUUACACAACUUCGAGGAUUACUAUUACUUCUCCAAAUAAAAAAAUGGACUCUCCUACUGCUUCUUCGAUCUCUGGCCAUCUUCAAGAUGAUGAGAUAGAAUUGAUGCCAAAGAGUCCCUUGAGGAAAUUGAGCAAAAAUAUUUCUGAUGAUAACGGCUCGAUGGAUUUUUCACCAAUCUCAAAACAGAAGUUAAACAAUUUCGCUGAUCUAGUGGAUUCAACAUUCGAUGAAUCUAUAAAUAAUUCCACAAACAAGAUAGAUGUAUCCAUAAAAAAUAAAGAUGAUGAAAAUAAUAACGAUAAUGACAACGAAAACGACAACGACAAUGACAAUGGCAACGAUAAUGACAAUGACAAUGACAAUGACAAUGACAAUGACGUAGAAUCAAAUUAUAGUGAUCGCAAUAUCGAUUUGUCAACUCCAGUCUCGGAAUCUUUAGGUUCGCCGUUAUUGAUAAAUAAAUCAAGUGAAAAAUUAUUUGCUGUCCAAGAUAGCAAUCAAUCCGUUACCGCGUCUUCUCUUAGAUCAACGUCGAAUGGUUCUUCAGUGAAGACUUCGGCUCAAUCGAGAUCUGUCAGUGUAAAUUCAAUACCUACAGCAAGCACUCCAUUGACUGAUGUUUAUUCAAAUAGACCAAAGCCACUUUCAGAAUCUACAUCUCUAUCUUCAACAAAUAGCAUCCAAAAACAACAGAUUUUACAAGCUACUCGACAACAGCAACAUCAGUCUUUGUCAAGAAAUAUAACUCCUAUUAAAUCAGACAUUCCUUUAUUCAUUCAACCUGGUGAGUUUGAUACAAUUUUAGUACAAGUUAUAAGUACUUUGUUUUAUCAACAAAGUUUGAAUGGCUUUGAUGACAAUAGAAAUGAAGAUUCAAAUUUCAUUCUAAUUAGUGUAUUAGAUAAGAAUACUCAUAAAGAAAUCUUUAAAUUUUCAAAAACUAUAGAGAAAAUUUACGAAUUGGAUUCUUUAUUAAGAUCGACUAUUUCAAUUCUUGAUUUGCAACUUUUACCAGCAUUACCGGAUAAAUCAAUUUUUCAAAUGUAUACACCUUCAAAGAUUGAUGACAGGCGUGAAAAAUUAAAUGAAUAUUUCCAAAAACUAUUUUUAUUUAAAGACUUUCCACCAACUAUUGCAUUAAAGGUUGCACAAUUUAUUAGUACAGACACUAUAAUUCAUCCUAUCUAUUCAGGUGAAAAUGUAAAAGAAGGACCUUUAUUGAUUAGAAGGCCAAAAACAUUGGGUACUGCUACAGGAUGGAGGCUAAGACAAGUGACGUUGAAAAAUGAAACCUUAUAUUUGUUUAACGAAAGAAAUACUCAAUUGGUGGAGACUAUUAAAUUAAGACAAGCGACUAUUGAAUUGUUGCCCAAUUUACCUGAGGAUAAAUUUGGUACUAAGAAUGGAUUUGUAAUAAAUGAACACAAGAAAUCGGGUCUUUCGAGCACUACUAAAUAUAUCUUAUGUGCAGAAAAAUCCAAAGAUAGAGAAUCAUGGGUUUCUUUGAUAAACGAAAUGAUAUUUAAUCCACCUAAAUUACCGGCAUCCAAUUCGUUUACGUUAUCUAAUUCUUCUAAUUCGAACAUUUCGCAGGGAACUAAUUUAUUGAACAUUUCUUCAGGCAAUAGAAUAACAUCAAGUUCGAGUGCAAACUCUAACCUUGAAUCUACAACGUAUUUUUCAAACAAAACUGAAAAUAUUGAUAGUGUUUAUGUUACUGACUUGUCAGCAGAGGCAAAUAAUCCAUCCUCAACAUAUGCGAAUAAUUCAUGCAGUAAGAUUUCAUUAGGUAAAACAACACCAAACUCAUCAAGGAACGAUGUUUCUGAAAUACAUGAAUCAGACAGUAAGAGAAAUAAAAUGAGAAAUCUGUUUCCUUUUAAGAUGUUAACUACAUCGAAUACAUCAACCAGCAGUUUACCUAAUAAUUCUUCAGAAACAUCUUUAUCACAUGAAGCAGAUAUUAAAUAUUCAGAUGCUUCAAUUAACAAAUCAUUAGAGAUGUUAAACUUAGCUGGACCUGAGUCUAAAACAACAAAUUGCAAUUUUGUAUUUGGAAGUACGCUUGAAAAAUGUUUAGCCCUAAGCUCUCGAAUAUAUCAAAGUGAAUAUCAAUUACCAAGUAUUGUUUAUAGGUGUCUGGAAUAUCUUUAUAAGAACCAAGGGUUGCAAGAAGAGGGUGUAUUUAGAUUGAGUGGAUCAAGUGCAUUGAUUAAAUCAUUACAGGAUCAGUUUGAUAGAGAUCACGAUGUUGAUUUAUGUGAAUAUAAUAAGAACGUCAGUGCACGUAGCGAUAUAGAUUAUGAAGAUAAUUCGAGAUCGGGUACAUACAUUGAUAUUAAUACAGUGACAGGACUGUUGAAACUUUAUUUGAGAAAACUGCCUCAUUUAAUAUUCGGAGAUGAUAAUUAUUCUACAUUUAAAAAAAUCGUUGAUGAGAAUCCUAAGGAUGAAGCCACUAUAGCUAUUGAAUUUCGUAAAUUGAUCCAAGAUGGAUCAGUUGCUAAACCUAAUGUUGCAUUGAUGUAUUCAUUAUUUGAAUUGUUAGUUAGAAUUAAUGAAAACAAUAAAAUUAAUAAAAUGAAUAUCAGGAAUUUAUGUAUUGUCUUUUCACCGACUUUGAAUAUUCCAAUAAACGUUGUUCAACCGUUUAUCGUUGAUUUUGCAUGUAUAUUCAAGGGAGAAGCACCAAUUGAUGCAUCUCGUAGAGAAAGCUUAGAUGUACAUAUUCCACAACUAUGA